ACAGUUGGUGACUGUUGGUGAAGUGUGCUGACAACAAUGGCGCACAGCUGCAGUGCUGUGCGCUACCUUAUGAAGACUGAAAGUCUUCUGCCGCCUGUUUCUGGACCUCUGGACAUCUUCAACUUCGGCAUCUGCAAGGGGGGUCGGCGGCACGGCUCCGGGACGAACCCCAGGGUGAGACCUGUGUUCCGACUCCCUCUGGAGCUAAUGGUGUCCAGUAGCCUAAGAAGCAAAUCCAUCCUGCACGCAGGACAUGCUUCCAGUCAGAAAGUGCUGUAAGAAGUCAUCCCUCACUCCAAGUGGGGUUACAGGCCUAGAACCUACAAGAGAAGAGAUUGCCCUACAUGGCCUGGAAUCUGGGAAUGAGACAAAACCUGUAGAGUGCAGUGAGGCUCUUGUGGUCCAGGAGACACCAGAAAUUCCAUGGGAAGGACAACUGGUGACUAUAUUUAACUUGAACCCCAUGUAUCAUAUACACCAGAACGAUGACAUAGACAUCUGCUCGAGCUACCUGGUUGGGCGUUGUUCUCAGUUUCUUCUUUGCCCGAAACAUCACACAGCUUUACCAUAUGUAUGGCAGCUAAGGGACAAAAGCACAAACACAUGGUGUAGCGUGGAAGACGAGUCUCAACAAGUUCUGGAGAGGCUGUACUGUGACCCCGCUAAGGAACAAGUAACUGUAAUAUACCAAGGCUAUAAGAUUCACAUUGACCUCGACUGCAUGACAGUACACAACCGCCAAGUGUUCAAUUGUGUUCGACGUCUCUCCACCUCCAGGUGUUCUGCGGUGGCGUUCCAUACCAUCUACAAGUACUACUAUGAAGCCAAAGGUGAUGUGUGGCAGGAAUACGGUCCGGACUUUAUGAAGUGCAUAGAAGAAGGCCUGAUGGACAAUUGUGAAGAGGUGUACUGUAAGAGCUUCAAAUUCGCCUAUUCUCUUCAUCUUACGGACAUGAUGCAAAUAAACCUCGAUACUGGAACCAUUAGGAGGAUGAGGAAACGGCCGAUAUUCAGAUCAGUUGCCUCACUGACAUCAAAGCUCUGGACACUCCCCAGUCACGCCAAUACAAGUACACCCUCCGUCUAUAAAUUCUCCAGUUGCCUGCCCCCAAACUCAACUGCACAGUGUAACAAGCACAAGACCGCUGGAAGUGUGUACCCCAAUACCUGGCUGAUAACAGAUACCUCACUCGUUUACGAGAAGACCCCACUGACAUGGGCGAACAGAGUGUACUGGGCUGUGUACAGUUACUUCCACAAGACAAUGCCGGAGCACAAAUAUAUCAUCCACCAGAUCUCCCGGGUACAGAACUACUUCCAGUGGGAGAAAUAUUUCAGGAAGAGGGUGUACAUGUCUCAGACUCCUGGUGACAUAGAGAAAAGUACUUUGGAGCGACAUCUAUUCCAUGGCACAAACGCAACCAACGUAGAGGCCAUUUGUAGGCAAAACUUUGAUCCUCGUGUGUGCAAUGAGACUGUAUAUGGUAGAGGCUGCUACUUCGCCAGGGACGCCUGCUUUUCAAAUACCUAUUCUCCUCCCACCACUGAUGGCUAUCGCUUCAUGUUCCUCGCCAAGGUGCUACCCGGGUAUCCUUCUGUGGGCCAAUCUACUUAUGUUCGUCCGCCACCUAUAAGUGCCGAGGACCCCGCAAGUCUCCUCUAUGACUCUUGUGUGAACAAACUCCAAAGCCCAGACAUAUUUGUUGUGUUUGAUAAUGACCAGUUCUACCCUUACUUUCUUAUCAAAUAUCAGAAGAUCUGAAGGUUGUGGUUCUGGAUUAAGGACCCUUAUUUCUAUUGCUGUUCUUUUCCAUUGUUUCAUUCACUCCCCAAGGUGUUCCAUAUUUCUGUAUUUGUGCAUCGCAGUAUACUUACCCUACUACAGUAGGCAUAUCAGUACAUGUAGCAUCCUACAGCCAAAUGGCAACUGUGAUUAACAUUGUGGGCUAAAUGUAAUAGCCUAUGAGAAGCCAGAAGUGCGGGAUUUCCUGCGAGUCUGACCAGAUUUUUAAAGCUGCAAUCAUUUACACGGCAAAGCCAAUCUGGUUCUGCUUUGUAAAUGAUUGCUACUUUAAAAAUGACUACCACCAUUUACUGUAGGGAAGCGGGGUGGGUAGUGAGUACACACCGGCCUUGUUGGAGUGGCCCAGUGGGGGCCCAAGCCGCGGAGCAUAUAUUUUCACAUUUUAUAUACACAUUAUUAUUAUCAUCAUUGUUUGUGCUACUUUAUAUUGUUUAUUCUCCAUGUGAUCUGCACAUCCAUGAAGCAUUGUAUAUAAGCGGUCUGCACAUUUCUAGUGCUGGUUGGAACAUCUUCUGUGUGUUCUCUUUUGAUCUCUCUAACAAUCUUAUUAUGCGUUAUUCUUAUUCUUUGUGCGACUUUUCCAAUAAACACGUUUUCAAAGCAAAAGAAUAGCAAUA